AUGGCAGGCGGUCCCAAGAAACCUAUCAAUAUUUUUCGUAUGAAAAAUCUUGGAGAUCCCAAGGAGAUCUACAACUGGCGUUUAUGGUUCGCCGUCAUCUCCUUCGGUCUCAUGGGCGCUGCUCGAGGUGUCGAUGAGGGAUUGAUUUCGGGUGCUUUCAACUCUAAGGAUUUUCAGAGGACUAUCAACUUCGACUCGUACAGUGCGGUGGAACAGACGAACAUCAAGGCCAAUGUCUCAUCUAUGGUCCAGAUUGGGUCUGUUGGUGGUGCUCUCUUUGCAUUCCUGGUAUGUGAUCGCAUUGGCCGCAUCUGGGCUACUCGUCAACUGUGCUGCUUGUGGAUCCUGGGAAUUGGUAUUUUUUUGGGUGCCAACGGCAACCUAGGCGCCAUCUAUGCUGGCCGCUUUGUGGCGGGACUGGGCGUUGGACAAACGGUCGUGGUCGGACCUGUGUAUCUUGCAGAGAUUGCGCCGGCUUCCAUUCGAGGUUUAUGUACCUGUAUCUUUACCGGAUUCGUCUACCUGGGUAUAGUGCUCGCGUACUUCACCAACUAUGGCUGUCAAGUCCAUCUAGGAGACAACACGCACAAGCGAUGGGAGGUACCCACCAGUUUGCACAUUAUCUUUGCAGGUCUCAUCUUCCUCCUGUCGUUCAUGCAAUACGAAUCCCCGCGAUUCCUCGUCAAGAAAGGCAACCAUGAGAAGGCUCUGGAGAACCUAUCACGCAUCCGUCACCUUCCCACCGAUCACGAAUAUAUUGUACAGGAAUUGAACGGCAUCCGCAGCUCCCACGAGGCUGAGAUGGAAGCUACCAUGGGGACUGGUCCGAUUGGGGUCCUAAAGGAAGCGUUCCUGGACCCUAAGAACCUAUACCGGCUCUACAUUGCCUCGGGUGCCCAGCUUCUGUCUCAGUGGUCCGGUGCCGGGUCGAUCACGCUGUAUGCGCCCGAUCUGUUCAAACUCUUGGGCAUCACAGGAGAUAACGAAACCCUCCUGGUCACUGGUGUCUUUGGUAUCGUCAAGCUGGUGUCCGCUGUCGUUUGUGCGCUGUUCCUCGUCGAUGUCAUCGGUCGCAAGCGGGCUCUCCUGAUCGGCAUCACGCUGCAAGCCAUCUCCAUGCUGUAUGUGGCCGGCUUCCUCUCAAGUGUGCCCGACAUGGGCGUUGUGGAGGGCUACAAGCUGCCCAAUGCCAAGUUGCCGGCCAGCCGCGGCGCUAUCGCCAUGAUGUAUCUGUCGGGCGUUGGAUGGGCUCUGGGCUGGAACUCGAUGCAGUACCUGUUGACUGCGGAGCUGUUCCCGCUUCGCAUUCGGGCGCUGUCGACAUCGUUGGCCAUGACGCUGCACUUUGUCAACCAGUACGGCAACUCGCGCGCCGUGCCCAACAUGCUGAUGGGAACGAACAACGGUGGCAUCACGCCCAUGGGUACGUUCUGGUUCUUCGCCGCGGUCACCAUUCUGGGCGGACUGUGGGUGUGGGUGACUGUGCCAGAGACGGCAGGUCGCAGCCUGGAGAGUAUGGAUCGACUGUUCGAGCUGCCGUGGUACAAGAUCGGUUUGUACGGCAACCGUGAUGCGGAACAGCGCGAUCUCAUGAUGUCGGACAAAAUCUCGCUGGCCGAAGGGACGCGCGAGGAGCGAGUCGAGCGAACGGGGGAUGGCACGACCCGGGUGUAA